CCCAUUUCGAUCAACUCUAUGGACUUCCGUCGUACACUUCCUGACUUGACUUACAGAAUCCCAACUUGACUGCUUCUCACUAGUUUCAUUGCCCAGGAUACCGUCACGAUGAUACUACGAAGUAUCCUCCUCGUCGCUGCCUCCCUUCUCUCCUUCGCGCUCGCCGAUGUCGAGGUGACUUCGCCCGCGGCAGGGGCAUCACUGUCCGGUCUCGAACUGACAGUCGAAUGGAAAGACUCGGGCGAUACCCCCAAACUUGCAGACCUGGCCUCAUAUCAAUUGUUUCUUUGUGCAGGCGGCAAUGACGCAGACGACUAUAUUCAACUGGCAACGCUCGUUACCACCGGUGAUUUCGCAAAGGGCAACUCGGUCACGGCGACGUUGACCGCCGGUGUUGGAGGCAACGUGCAAAAUGCGUACUUCCUCAAGUUCAUCUCCGCCGCAACUGGAGGCACCGUCGUCAAUUUCUCGAAUCGCUUCUCCCUCACUUCCAUGACUGGAACAUUCCCAGCCGCUGUGACGACGGGCCUCAAGUCCGUGACUGGCACAAAAGGCCCUGUGACACAGAAUAAUAUCCAGUCGGCCCAGAAUCCAGCAGCAGGUGCUGGAGGAGCAGAUGCCGCCCCAGCUAACGGCAACUCUGUGUAUAGCGUACCAUAUACUCUGCAGACGGGGACCAUUCGCUACGCGCCUAUGCCUCCAAGGGCACCGACAAAGAUUACUGCAAAGGCAGCCUCACCUCAGUGGCCGACGAGCGCGUAUACGGUGUACAAAUCGAACGUCGGAACCCCGAAUGCUGUCACUACGCAUACAGAGGUGCUGACGUUCAGCGUCUCGAGUAGGGAGGCAACGGUCGCCGCAGCUGCACAACCCACUGACGCUGCGUUACAAAAGUUCUUGAACCGAUGGAAGGAUUAGUGCAGGCCAACUUUUGUCCUCGGAUGGCGCUCACGAAACUGCAUGGCACGGAGUCGAUUAUAGGAACAGGGAUAGGUGAAUGGAGUUUAUAUGUCUGCCGGUUCAGUUCUGGCAAUACCCAAAUGUAUCAAUUAUUGCCCCCUGCGAUGCUGGGCAAACACGGCCGCCAACGCCACGCUCAAAUAAUAAUUCACUGAUAAAACCAUUCUCGAAUCGGG